UAACCUUUAGGUGUAGGGAACCCUUGUAACCCUCAAAGAUGGACGAGACAACAGCUCAAAGGUUCAUCGAAAGAGGUUCCCACAAGGGCAAGGGUCUGGCCGUGUUUACAAGCGGUGGUGACUCUCAGGGUAUGAACGCCGCUGUGCGAUCAGUGGUGCGAAUGGGUAUUUACUUGGGCUGCAAGGUAUAUUUUAUUCGCGAAGGAUACCAAGGAAUGGUGGACGGCGGUGACAAUAUUGAAGAGGCGAACUGGUCCUCGGUCAGUUCCAUCAUUCACAAAGGAGGAACUGUUAUAGGAUCAGCCCGUUGCAUGGAUUUUGUGCAAAGGGAAGGUCGCAUGAAGGCUGCAUAUAACUUGGUGACACGAGGUAUUACAAACUUGGUAGUGAUUGGUGGAGAUGGUUCCUUGACAGGUGCCAACCUCUUCCGCCAGGAGUGGUCAACCCUUCUUGAUGAACUCCUUGAAAACAAUAAAAUUACCAAAGAUCAGAGGGAAAAAUAUAAGUUUUUGCACAUUGCUGGAAUGGUGGGUUCCAUUGAUAAUGAUUUCUGUGGUACUGACAUGACAAUUGGCACCGAUUCUGCCCUACACCGCAUCAUUGAGGCCAUUGAUGCUAUUGUCAGUACUGCAUAUUCUCACCAAAGGACAUUUAUUAUGGAGGUCAUGGGCAGGCACUGUGGUUAUCUGGCAUUAGUGGCCGCUCUGGCGAGCGAGGCUGACGCCGUAUUCAUUCCCGAGGACCCUGUUCCCAAUAAUUGGGUUGAAAAGCUUUGCAAAAGAUUACACCAGGAACGAAAAUCGGGUCAGCGAUUAAACAUCAUCAUUGUAGCAGAAGGUGCCAUCGAUCGAGAAGGAAAACCAAUUACGGCUGAACUCGUGAAGAAGGUGGUGGUGGACAAACUUCAACAGGAUACACGUAUCACUGUACUCGGCCACGUGCAAAGGGGUGGCGCACCUUCUGCAUUCGAUCGUAUUCUGGGUUGUCGCAUGGGUGCCGAGGCGGUGAUGGCUUUAAUGGAGGCGACGCCCGAUACAGAGCCGUGUGUGGUGUCCCUGGACGGCAACCAGGCCAUCCGUUUGCCGCUCAUGGAGUGUGUACGCCGCACAAAGGCUGUUGCACAGGCCAUGGCCGACAAAAACUGGGACUUGGCAGUGCAACUGCGCGGGCGCAGCUUUGCACGAAAUUUAGAAACUUACAAGAUGCUCACACGUUUGAAGCCACCGAAGGAGGCCUUCAACGAGUCCGGGAAACCAUCGGUGAGUUUUUUCUUUUUACAAUGUAAUCGCAUCUUUGUCUUUUAUAAAUAUUCGAAAAUUAUGUUCAACUACAUUUAAUUAUUUGCCAGGUCCGAUGUAACCGGCUGGGUGGGCCAAGGAGGUGCGUUCUUGGGCACGAAGCGUACUCUGCCUGGAGACAAGAAGAGCGAAAUCGCAGCUCGCAUCAAACAAUUCAACAUCCAGGGCCUCCUCAUCAUUGGUGGAUUUGAGGCGUAUCAAGCAGGGUUGGAGCUAUACGAAUCUCGCAAGCAGUUCCCGGAGUUCUGCAUCCCGCUAGCGAUAAUCCCAUCGACGAUUAGUAACAACGUUCCGGGUACGGACUUCUCGCUUGGCGCUGACACAGCACUCAAUGAGAUCACUGAAAUCUGUGACCGGAUUCGCCAGUCAGCACAGGGUACGAAACGCCGCGUGUUCGUCAUUGAGACUAUGGGAGGCUACUGCGGCUACUUAGCUACAUUGGCAGGAUUGGCUGGUGGCGCCGAUGCAGCGUACAUUUACGAAGAAAAGUUCUCGAUCAAGGAUCUGCAACAAGACGUGUACCACAUGGCGUCCAAGAUGACUGGUGGCAUCCAGCGCGGUCUCAUUCUGCGUAAUGAAAAGGCCAACGAUAAUUACAACACGGAGUUCAUUUAUCGUUUGUACUCUGAAGAGGGCAAGGGAUUGUUCACCGCUAGAUCAAAUGUACUUGGCCAUAUGCAACAAGGUGGUUCCCCCACUCCAUUCGAUAGAAAUAUGGGCACGAAAAUGGCAGCUAAGUCUCUCAACUGGUUGGUCGAAAUGAUUCAGAAAGGUCCCAACAGCACGCCCGAUAAUGCCUGUUUGCUUGGCAUCGUCAAACGCCAGUACAAAUUCACUCCUCUUGAAGAAUUGAAGGCGCAGACAAAUUUUGCUCAAAGAAUACCAAAGCAGCAAUGGUGGAUGAAACUCCGUCCGCUUCUCCGUAUUUUGGCUAAGCACGACUCUACAUACGAAGAAGAGGGCAUGUAUAUGACGGUUGAACAGGGGGAAAUCGAUGCAGAAGACGUCAUUUAAACCUAACGUCCUACCCUAGGCAUUAUAAAAUAUGCCAUAGGCAAUCUAUGACAUUUUUCUUCAGUGUUUGCUAUCUCAAAUUUAUAAGUUGUAAAAGUAGAUGUUAAGCAAUGUUGAUGUGAAUCGCAUUUUUAGAAUUUUUAUGUAGGAUUUAUGAGAUUGAUUAUUGAGCACACACUAUUUAAUACAAAAAUCUGUAUUAAUUGCCAUUUUAUUGGGUUCUUUAUAGUAUUUAUUACAUUUUGUAUUUGGUGAGGCACCUUAAAAGUUCUGUAUACACAAUUUUGUAUUCUUUACAAGUUCCUGGAUUGUUUUCAUAUAAUUUAAAUUGUACAAUUUCUAUUCCACUGUUCCACCAACUUUUAACUGUGACCACAUGCCAAUAAAAAUAUUUAUUAUACAUUUGUGUAGAUAAAAAUAUAAUAUGAGGGAAAUAGUUGAAAUUACUUUAAUUGUUAUAUUUAUAAUAAUAUACAACAAUAUUGAAAUGGCUGUGGCAUUGCUGUGUAUUAUUUAUAACAAAUACUUUGUUAACUAAUUAAUAUAAAUCUAGGAACAAUUUAUUUUUGUUAUUAUUAUGCUUACAAAAACCCUAGGCAGGUUUAAUUCGAAAUUUACAUUUUAUUUUGUAUGGUACUAUUUAUCAUUUGACUUGUGUAUUAAAAUUUGUAAGCUUUAAAUGUUAGACCGUACGGAAAAUUUAAUCUAUAUUCUAGGUUAUCUGACAGUAUUUUUAUGAAAUUAUUUAUGAUAACUACAAUA